CACAACAAAACUCAGACGCUGCGCUCUGCUGGAAAGAUCGGGAACUACACCUGGAACUGACAUUCCAGUUGCAGACGAUCCUUUUUAUCGGGACAGACUGCGUGUGGAAAGCGUGGGUGUCAGUUUGUCGGUCGCUCCGUGCCUGUUAUUCGUCUUGAGCAUACAGUAUUGUCUGUGGUGUGUUCUAACCGGACCCUCUACCCUGGAAAUAUAAAAACGCUGGUGUGACGUUUGUAGGUUAGUUAUUUGUUAUGGUGUAGUCAGUGUUUUGAUGGAACAGGGAUUUUUGUGAAGAUAACAGAACUUGUGCUGUAUUGGAAGCAAUGACAACUGGAUUGAUACGAAUUUAGGAUGUGGUCAGCUGUACCGCUGAGUCCAGGAGGUACCACGCCACCCUCACGCUCCAAGCACUCUGCCACUCUCUUGGGCAGUUACGUCUACCUGCUCGGUGGUCGUAAUGGUAACCUCCCCCUCAAGGAUCUAUGGAGGUACAGCCUUGAGGAGAGUCGCUGGGAACUGCUGAAGCCAGGUGGUGACUGUCCACCAUGUCUGCAAGAGCAUUCAGCCGUCGCCUACCGCGAGUGUAUUUACGUCUUCGGCGGCGAACUGGGCUUCUCCGCCGGCAACGAGACGCCCCUUUGGGUCUACAACAUCAAGACCAACAGCUGGCGCAAGGUCAGGUCCCAGAAGGGGGUGUCUGUGCCGCGGGGUCGACGGGGUCACUCCGCGCUGGUCCACCGGGGGGCCAUGCUGCUCUACGGAGGCUACAAAGACCUGCGGGGCUCCUCUAAUGAGCUCUGGGCCUUCCACUUUGAGUCCGAAUCGUGGCAUCUUCUGUCGUCAGGACAGAGUUGUCCGCCCGCCAGACACAAACACUCUGCAGUUGUCCACGAUGACUCCAUGUGGGUCUAUGGUGGCAUGACUGACCUCAACGAGCGUGCGGACUUCUGGAGAUUUGAUACCAUAUGCAAGACGUGGACUCCCGUGAAGACGAAGGUGAGCCCAGGACCUCUGCACAGUCAUGCAGCCUGUAAACUCCCCAGCUCCAUGCUUGUCUUUGGAGGCGAAAGAGACGGACAGCCCCUCAAUGAACUUUGGAGGUUUCAUUUUGGGACUGAGUGUUGGGAGAGACUCCAGACAGAAGGUAUCAAACCUCAGCCUCGUUCUGAGAGUGUCGCUCUCACUGUUUCUGACCUCCUACUCCAUGAUCACCAGAACCGUAACUCUCCUCCAGUCCACCGGCGAUACCGUGGUGGCGGCUCAGUAGACCGGAACAACCGGAUCUCCCCUGCUGAGAAGAAGUACAAUCGAUGGUCCGGCUGCAGCUACGAGAGUUGUACACCUUCUCGCAAACAGCCAACAACUCCCAAUGCCAACCUCAGUAUCUUGAAGGAGAUUACAAAACUGUCUCAGAUGAACCUUUCUCGCCUUGGCCCUAGCAAGUGUAGCUACAGUGUCCUGAGUAGUAAUGAGAGUAUUGGAUCCGACACGUCUGGUGGGGAAAUGGUAAAAUCACAAAGUGUGAAUCUGAUUGCAAGGACUCUAGCCUCUCCAUGCAUCCCCACUCCUCCCCCCAACACCGUGCUUCCAAGAGAUCCCAUCUCCGUGCCAAACUUUUCCUCCCUUGCUUCUUGCACUCUGACACCAGUUGAAGUCACGAAGCUAGUCUACUUAGAUGACGAAGAGGCCCCCAUUCCUGGUCCUCGAGUGCAAGACUUCUCAACGAUACAUCAACAAUUCCGGCCAAAAAACAACAGAGGGUUUCCAAAAUCCGCAUCGGUGAGAUUUGGAAAUCCCCAUACCACUCCAGAAGAACCCUCCGAUGAGACGUCUGACUACGCCAGUAUAGAAACCAUGAACAGGAUAACCUACACCAAAGAGGGACCUUAUAGUUUUUCCAACCCGAAUUAUCUCGGGCCUGACAUAAAAGACAUCCUUAAGAGGGAAGAUUACGUCAAAGUACUAAACAGCCCACCUGACAGCGUUUUGGAAGACGCAUUUGGGCGAAGCAACAGCAGACAAGAAAUGUUAGAAAUGAAACCGGUCCCACCGAAAUCUCUUUCGAUAGUUCCUAACCAAUACACCCAACAGUUGUUGUCGGAGAAGAGGAAGAAGAACUAUCGAGCAAGCUCAGCCAGUCGUGCCGAUCGAGACCCCAUCACGACAUUCUGCGUGUUCCUGCUAGGAGGGAAAGAACACGGGCAAGUCACAGUGUUCAAGAGGCCCCUGUCAGUAUGGAAAUUAGUCCUUACGUCUGAGAUAUAUUAGGAGGUUGUGUUCAUGUAGAUAGUUAGUACAUUGGUCAUUUAGAAGGCCUUUAGUUUAUUUUUAGACCCUAAUUUUGCUGUGAUUUAGUUAUGUUUGAUAUUUACAUGAGUAUAGGGAAACCUAAACUAGAAAGUCGUCAAUUAGAAUAAAAGCAAUCAGAUGUGAACAUAUUGACAUUUACUGUCUCUGACAUAGGUUUAGACAGCUAUGAUCGGUAAUUAAAAUGGAUAGUAAACUCAGUUAAUUAGAAUACAAAACUGAUUAAGCUUAAGACAUAGAAGAGAUCUAAGUAAAGUAAACCAUAUAAACUCACUUAAACACACAAUUGUAACUUCAUCUCUUUUACGUGACUGAUUGUUUUUCUGAAUUAUGUUUAAAAAGCAUUACCUCUUAUUAAUCAUGCUAUUUCUGUAUUCAAAUUUAAAAUUUGAAAGAUAAUUUAAUGCUAAUAUAUGUUAAAUUAAAUUUUACUAUUAGUUCAUGUGUAUUUCAUGCCAUCAGUUUCAAUAGCCUAACUAGGCCCUUGCUUUAGAUGAAAAUCUCCAUAAAAGAAUUUCGCUCUUAUUUAAAAUAGUCUGAGUGCUUCAAUUACUUUUGUAGUAACGGGGAUUUGUAAAUUAUCCACUAAUUAUGAAGAGUAACAGAAGCCUUAUUUAUUUAACUACCUAGUGAUUACCAUGGUAAUAGAUGUAGAUGACCAAAAUUGGAGCAUUGAAAGUCAAGGGAAAUAUUAUUAAAAGCAAAUUUAAUAUUUUGACAUUAGCAUACCUAAAGAAGGUGUUAUCUAGCAUAAGACUAUUAAUUGUGAAGUCUUGGAUAUAAAAUACAUUAUAAUUUUACAAGCAUACAUAGCCCAUCUUUUAAAAAAAAUAUUUGAAAAUCCAGGGCAUUUGAGCAUAAAAAUAUUUUAAAAACAGAUUGUUGUUUGACUUCUGAAUAUUGUGAGACAAACUGAAUAUUGACUGUUUUUUUUUUUUUUUUUAAUAUAGGAAGUAUAAAUUAAUACACUCAUAAAUUGUAAAGUAUUAGUAAUACAAUUAGUUGAUGAAUUAUCAAUUAUUAACACCAUGACUAGGCCUACUCCAUAUUAAACAAGGUUUUAUUAAAUUAAUGUGAUAAAAAGUUAAUUUUUUUUUAAUUUUCGCCCUUUAUGUCUCUUAAGAUCCUAGGCAAGUGGUAGAUUAUGCUCCAAUAAUUGUUACUUGAACUAAAACAAAAGGUAUCAUGUUCUUUGCAGUAUGCAAGUAAUUAAAUUACAUUACUGCGAGUUUAUUUGUGUAAAUAUAAAAAAUUACAAUAAAUCACAGUGGCGUAACUAGAACUCGGCUUUGAGGAGAACAAAUCUGCAUACCACACCAGAGAAUGUGGUAUAAAUGUGAGUAAAUCUAAAUUUGAAUACAUCAGAAAGUCCUGAUAUAAGAAAAUCACAGAAUUAAAUGGAUGAAC